GUGGUAGGUUAGGUACCAGGGUUCUUUAGUUCUGCCUAACCUGGCAGGUACGUUUUCACAUCAGGAACAGGUCUAGCACCAGGCUGCGGGGGGAGGCGGGGGCAGGGGCCGGGCCAGGCACUGAAGCGAGGCCGGCCGGGUAGAAGCCAGUUCCUGGUGGUUGCUGGGCAGCUCAGACAGCUCCCUGCCAUGGUCUUCCCUCUGCCCUGGUUCUCCAGAUGCAGCCGCCGCCUCCUCCUGCCUCCCUGGCCCCUGGCCUCCCAGGGCUCUCAGAGGUGCUGCUCCCAGAACCCCAAGUCAAGCACAAAUGAGCGGACCAGCUCUACAGGCAGUGGGAAGAUGAGGUCCCCCACCAGGGGCCCCCAGCCCAGCGGCACAGAUGAGCUGGCACAAGCUGAGGAGUUGCUGGAGCAGCAGCUGGAGCUGUACCAGGCCCUGCUCGAGGGGCAAGAAGGGGCCUGGGAAGCCCAGGCCCUGGUGCUCAAGAUCCAGAAGCUGAAGGAACAGAUGCGGAGGCACCGAGAGAGCCUGGAGGGAGAUGCCUAAGCCUCCCAGUUCACACCUCCCCUCCAGCACUGGAAAUACUGCACACCACCCGCCGCCAUGAGCCCUGCGCUCAAAAACAGACCAGCCUCUCCCAGGCCACUCCGAACAGGACACGCCUCCCCAAAUGACGGGGAAACAGGGAAGCAGUUACCUCUGCAGUCUUUUCAGCCACGUCCCCACUCUGACCCCUCCCACUGACCUCAACUCCAUAGCAAGGUAUUCAGUCCUAACAGGAAUAUACCCCGAACUUCACCCUAAAAUAACCUCACCCCAAAUCCAAUAAAGGGAAGGAGUGUUUACAGACACCACAGACACAUGUGUUUUUUAGUUUUGUUAAAAAAAAAGUUCUGACAAAUCAGGAAAUGGGGGUUUAGAAGUGGUGAUGCAAAAGGAGGGUGGGGUGGGGGUUUGGGGGUUGUCAGGGGUAGAUGGCAGUAGUGUCUCCUUCACCCCCACACCUGGUGUCGUCUCCUGAAGAGG